AUGGAGAUAAAUGUUGAAGUAGUGUCGAAGGAGAUUAUCAAACCAUCUUCCCCAACUUCAAGCCAUCUCCGAACUUACCAUCUUUCCUUUCUUGACCAAAUAUCAAGCCAUGUCUACAACCCUUUUGUCCUCUUCUAUCAAAACCACAAAAACCUCAACAACCACAACCUCCUUCACCUUUACUCCACCAACAUCAAGAAAUCUCUAUCCAAUCUCCUUUCCCGCUAUCAUUUAUUCGCCGGACGACUCAAACAAACCACCGUCGAUUGUAACGACGAGGGAAUCCCUUAUUUCGAAGCAAAAAUCAAUUGCAAACUCUCUGAUUUCCUCCAAAAUCCAGACCCCCAACAACUCCACAAGUUCAUCCCCUUCGAGCUUAACGGACUAGGCCUUGAUCUUCUACUCGGUCUCCAAUUCAAUCUCUUCAACUGUGGCGGAAUAGCUAUUGGAAUUUGUAUUUCACACAAAGUAGCUGACGCUAUUUCAUGUCUCUUGUUCAUCAAAAACUUGGCUGCCACUACUCGAGGCUGCACUGAUGAUGAUGAUGACCAGAACAAGAUUGUUUGGCCGAAAUUUGAAUCAGCUAAGCUUUUUCCACCAAAGGAGGCCUCGGCGCUUGGUCGUCCAGGAGGUGUUGUUAUCCCGACACUAAAAAUCGUAACAAGAAGGUUCGUUUUUGGGUCGGAUAAGAUUGAGUCUCUUAGAGCAAAAUACCAAGAAGAAGAUGGGGCGACGAGGCGACCUUCUCGGGUAGAGACAUUGUCUGCUUUUAUAACAAGUCGUUUUAUGGCUGCACUAAAAGUAGGAUUUGGUGAUGAUAAAAGGCGCCUGGUUAUAGGUCAUGCGUUUAAUCUACGUAAAAGGGUUGAUCCACCACUAGAAGAAAAUUCAUUUGGAAACAUUGCCAGACCAUUUGUGAAAGUCUUGUCUAGUAAUAACAUGAGUGAUGUUAUGAGUCAAAUGAGAGAGCUUAUUGUUAGCGGUGAUGACAAAGAGCAUGCCAAGAGCUUACAGAAGGAAGGGAUUGAUCCAACAUUGAAUUUUUUUGAACAACAUGCUGAUGAAUUGAUGAAAGGAGAGCUAGUUUGUAUUUGCUUCACUAGUAUAUGCAGGUUUCCUUUGUAUGUAGAUUUUGGCUGGGGAAAGCCCUCGUGGGUUGCAACAAAUCCUUUUCCUUAUAAGAAUUUUGUUGUUCUUGCGGACUCCAGACUAGGUGGAAUAGAAGCUUACAUUGAUAUGGAGGAAGAAGACAUGGUCAAAUUCCAAAACGAUCAAGAGUUGCUUUCAUUUGUUUCUGAUCCAUAUAUAACAAUAUAA